UCUCUGCUUCUUUUUCUGUCUCUCCCCAUCCCUUUCUUUCCUCUGACAAAAUCACAUAAGCGUGGUUACAUGCAGUGUGGCCCCCUCUUUGCUUUGGGCCACGCGGAUACCAGACCCUGUGCCUUCUGUCCCCUGACCCCCUCAGCACACUGGUCUCCAGGAAGCCAGGCCCAGCUGGGGCUUUGGUCCCCAUCAAGCCUGGGAGUGACAAAGCCCUGAGAGCUGCCCACCUCCGCCUGCCGACCACACUGCCAGCCCUGCCAAGGCUCUUCCUCAGCCCACAGAGCAUUCUGCCUCCUUCACAGAGGCGCAGCCUCCCUCCUCCCCGUUCCAGGCACGAGGAAUCCAGGGCUCCCCUUGGGCUGAUACAGACACAUUGUGGCAAUACGUACUCUGGUGACAUUCGAAAUGGCAACGUUGUAUCUGUGUGCGGACCUGGUUAUAUAAGCCUGUGUCCUGGUCUGUGUCUCGGGGGAGGGCUGCGUGUCACUGUGUGUUUGUGUGCGUGUCCCCAGGGGGCCCUGCGUCUGUGCACACUUGCAGGAAUGGCUGCAAUGAUCCAUGUCUGUGACGAGCAGCAUGGAGAAAAGUGGCUGAGAGCUGACAUUCUGGAGCCAAACGCCAGGAUACGUCGUGUGUGUGGCCUUGGACAAGUUUCUAAACCUCUCCGUGCCUCCCUUGCCUCAUUGAUAAUAAUAUUAUUCAAAUCAUGGGAUUGUUGUGAGGGUAAAAUGAGAUAAUAUAGGUAAAGUGCUUAAUGCGGUGGCUGGCACAUAGUAAAUGCUAUAAAUUCCAUAUGUGCUACUCUUGUGGAGAGGCUGUGUGUGCAUGUGUGUGUGUGUCUUUGUCUCGAUGGAGGCGGGCUGGAGGUGUGCGUACAUGGGUGCGUACAUGUGUGUACAUGGGUAUGCGUGCACUUGAAGAUGUGUGUGUCUGGGAAUCGUGCAGGGCAGUGUGGUGUCUCUGCAUGUUGUAGCUGAGGCGACAUGCAUGUCUGAGAAUGGGCCGGAAGGCUGCACAGAGCUGUGUGUCAGCCCUGUGCGACAUUUGAGGUGCAUGCGUGUCUUCCUGUGAGAAGAUCUUCAUUCUCCCCCUGUCGCCUUUGUCUUCUUAGCAGCCCCGUCUCUCCUCUCACUGGCCCUGAAAUCCCUUCAGCUGCCGCAGGACGCCCUCCUCCCCAUCGCCGGUGUUCUCUGCCCCGGCCCUAACCACCCUGCAGCGUUCUGGGGCCUUCCAGGCACAGCGGUUUCACCCCAGGGGAGGGGUCCGAGGUGAAGAUCUCAGCCAGGGCCUGCUAAACGGGGGCUAUUUUAGGGCAGGCUUCUCGCCACAGCCCGCCCCACAGCUCACCACAUGGGUGUCGCCCCCACCAGCACACAAAUGGGAGAACAGUUACAGUGAAGGGCUAGAGGGGCAGGUGGGGCACUGAUGUGACAGAACCAUCACAGCACAGGCAACCAGACCUGGUGGACCCAGGAAGGCUUCCCGGAAGAGUCUCGGGCCCCUCCCAAGGACCAUGCUGCAGCCCCACUGACCCAGGAGCAGGAGCCUGAGGGCAGGGAACCUGGAAUGGGCUGUGUGUUCUGCAAGAAGGUGGAGCCAGGGCCCAAGGAGGAUGCCGGCCUGGAGGGGAACUUCAGGGGCUACGGGGCAGCAGAUGGCGCGGCAGACCGCUACGGCCCCGACCCCACUCUGGCCCGGUCUGCGUCCUCCUUUGCACACAUCCCCAACUAUAGCAACUUCUCCCCUCAGCCCACCAGCCCCGCCUUCCUUGAUGGUGGCACCAUCAGAGGCAUCUCAGGGCCCGGGGUGACCCUGUUCAUCGCCCUGUAUGACUAUGAGGCCCGGACAGAGGAUGACCUCACCUUCACCAAGGGUGAGAAGUUCCACAUCCUGAACAACACUGAAGGUGACUGGUGGGAGGCUCGGUCCCUCAGCUCUGGACAAACUGGCUACAUUCCCAGCAACUAUGUGGCGCCUGCGGACUCCAUCCAGGCUGAAGAGUGGUACUUUGGAAAGAUCGGGAGGAAGGAUGCAGAGAGACAGCUGCUCUCGCCAGGCAACCCUCAGGGGGCCUUUCUCAUUCGAGAGAGCGAGACCACCAAAGGCGCCUACUCCCUGUCCAUCCGAGAUUGGGACCAGACCAGAGGUGAUCACGUGAAGCAUUACAAGAUCCGCAAACUGGACACGGGCGGUUACUACAUCACCACGCGGGCCCAGUUCGACUCGGUGCAGGAGCUGGUGCAGCACUACGUCGAGGUGAAUGACGGGCUGUGCCACCUGCUCACGGCGCCUUGCACCACCAUGAAGCCGCAGACGCUGGGCCUGGCCAAGGACGCUUGGGAGAUCAGCCGCAGCUCCAUCGCGCUCGAGCGCCGGCUGGGCACCGGCUGCUUCGGGGAUGUGUGGCUGGGCACGUGGAACGGCAGCACAAAGGUGGCAGUGAAGACGCUGAAGCCAGGCACCAUGUCCCCGAAGGCCUUCCUGGAGGAGGCGCAGGUCAUGAAGCUGCUGCGGCACGACAAGCUGGUGCAGCUCUACGCCGUGGUGUCCGAGGAGCCCAUCUACAUCGUGACAGAGUUCAUGUGCCACGGUAGCUUGCUGGAGUUCCUCAAGAACCAGGAGGGCCAGAAUUUGAGCCUGCCCCAGUUGGUGGACAUGGCAGCCCAGGUAGCUGCGGGCAUGGCCUACAUGGAACGCAUGAACUAUAUCCACCGUGACUUGAGGGCAGCCAACAUCCUGGUUGGGGAGCGGCUGGUGUGCAAGAUCGCUGACUUCGGGCUGGCCCGCCUCAUCGAGGAUGAUGAGUACAAUCCUCAACAAGGGGCCAAGUUCCCCAUCAAGUGGACAGCCCCAGAGGCUGCCAUCUUUGGCAGAUUCACCAUCAAGUCAGAUGUGUGGUCCUUUGGGAUCUUGCUCACUGAACUCAUCAGCAAGGGCCGAGUCCCCUACCCAGGCAUGAAUAACCGGGAAGUGUUGGAACAGGUGGAGCACGGCUACCACAUGCCAUGCCCCCCAGGCUGCCCAGUGUCCCUGUAUGAGGCCAUGGAGCAGACCUGGCGUCUGGAUCCAGAGGAGAGACCUACCUUCGAGUACUUGCAGUCCUUCCUGGAGGACUACUUCACCUCCACGGAACCACAGUACCAGCCUGGGGAUCAUACAUAGCCUGUUCAGACAUCAACCAUAUCUCUGGUGGUACCCACCAGCCUUUGCCAAUCCCCAGGGCUCUUGUCCCAAAGCCCCCAGGCUUAGAACCCUAUAGAGUCUUAGUAUGUCAGAGGAGUUGGGGUGCUCUGACACCAUCUAGGGCAACCCAAUCAUUUUAUAGAUGGGACAAAUGGUGGCUCAGAGCUCAACCCCUCCAGCCCCAAGCACUAGUUCUCCCCUUCUGACUUGAGGCCCUACAUGCCACUAGCCUCUCUCUUCUCACUGCCCUUAAAUGCUCAGAUGUUGUCUAGUUAUUUAUAAAAUUGUAUAUCCCUCCCCUCACCUAUCUCCCUACCCUCCUAGUAUCCCACUGUGGUCCAUGUGCCAAGAAUUUACCUCCUACUCUCAUUCUUUUGUGUCUGUAAGUUACAAAGACAGAAAGUCUUUGCUGGAGCCCUUUCUUGCUGGGUGGAUGCUGUGCUCCAAGACUGGGGCCCAGACACAGGUUUGAGGGCGAGGGUUGCUGAAAGUUUACCACCUCUGUGAAUAGUGUGUAUGUGUGUGUUUAUUGAUUUUAUAAAUAAGGAAAAUGACAAUAUGAAUCCUUGAGCCAUGAAAUUCCCCUGAACCUUCCUUUGGGAGGGAUGGUGGUGAGUGGGAGGUGAAUGGGACAGGUGUGGCUAUUUUGAGCAGCAGGGGAAGACAAGAGUGCCCUGAUGCCUAGCAAGCACAGGGCACUCAAGGUGUGGAGUUUUAGGACUCCCAAAAGUCUCACUGCUCAUCCUCAUAUGAAUUGAGGAUGAGUUGAAAGGUAGAUACAGAAGACAGGUAAUUGGAGAUAGAUCAGAAGGUCCCUUCAUUAUUACUGAAUAGGCUUACUAAUAUAGCCUUCAAUCUGUGCAUAAUGGUUUUGCUAAUUCUUUACCUGAUUUCAGCAGAUUUACCAUUCACUGCGGUCAUAACAGGAUAACCUUAGGCCUCCCUCAAUAGGGGCAGGCAAGAGGCCACAGUGGACCCUUUGCAGCUGUCAGAUUCCCCAAAAAAAUACAGAGGGAGGGAAGGAGAAGGGAGAGGCCUGAAGGUUAGUUUAGCCUGUUGGAUCUUCCUAGGGGAGUUCUGCCCCUGAGGGAGCUCUUGGAGAGGUUCAGAGGCAGUUUUGUUUGUCACAAUGGCUGGGGGCUCCUACUAGCAUUUAGGGGGCCAGGAUCAGGGAUGCCAAACAACCUACAGUGCACCCGUGCAAUGACAAAUUGACCCCCGCUCCCCAUUUAAGAAACUCUGGCGGCUGACAUGCUUCCAUGUGGAAACAAGAGGAGGACAGAAUGAGGAUUCCCACCUCACCCACCAGGAAACAUUUGUUGACUCUCUGACUUAAUAAGGGAAUGAACAGGGAAAGAGUCUGGGGGUCUGGGAUUCACUGCUGUAGUUGGUGAACAAUUACUAAGCAUGACUCUGUGAAGCACUGACCCUUUGUUAAGCAGGACCUUGGGAACACAAACUAAAUAAGACCUGUCUCUGCCCUGGAGGAGUUCAUGGACAGGCAGGGGAGAAAAAUAGUAGUUAUAAUAACUCAUUUAUUAUUAAGUGUCUGCUGAAUGUCAGAUAUGUUUACAUCCAUCUUUUUAUUUAAUCCAGUCUUGAGCCUGGUUGGUUCUAUGAUUAGCCCCAUUUGUAGAUGAGAAAACUGAGGAUCAAGGGUGACAUGAUGUACCAAGGUCAUAUAGCUGUAUGUGACAGAGCUGGGAUUCGAACCCAGGUCUUAUACCAAAGCUCUUGGUCUUUCUACUACUAGACCUCAUUGGCUCUAGGCUCUGGGAAAAGAGCAUAUCUGUCCUGUGUGUUUGUGUGUGUGUGUGUGUGUGUGUGUGUGUGAGAGAGAGAGAGAGAGAGAGAGAGAUCCUCCCUCUUCUAGUUAUUGGUAGAAAGAUUCCCUGGGACCCCACCCCCCAUGUUAAGUGGCCUAAAGGAAAGGAGAACAAGGUGUUCAGAGCAGAUUGAGAGUUCCCUGUGCCCAGCCCUGUACUGGGGAUUGAUAAAUGGGAGGAAUAAUAUGGAGAGAGGCCAAGUGGCUGCUUUGAAAGGUUGUCAUAGGGCCGAGAGCCUUAGCUCUGUCUGCACACUCUCAGUGGCUAAGGCUUCCUGAAGGCCAUAGUUUCUGGCCAACCAAACUCACAAGAGCCUGAGGUAUAAGCCAGAGGCUAGUGUUUCUACCUGCCAUGGAGUAAGCAGAUAAGAGCACAGCCCUGGAGCUGUCCUGCCUGGUGUGAAUCCUGUUUCCACCACUCACUAGCUGUGUGAAGUUGUGCAAGUUAUUAAUCUCUCCAAGCCUCAAUUAACUCAUCUGUGAAAUAGCAAUAAAAUACUCAAUACCUGUUA